AUAUAAACACAAUGUGUUAAACGGUAAUUAAACCUAUAUAUACAAGACAAUAUAUAAAAACAAUGUGUUUAACUGUAAUUAAACCUACAUAAACAAGACGCUAUAUAAACACAAUGUGUUAAACGGUAAUUAAACCUAUAUAAACAAGACGCUAUAUAAACACAAUGUGUUAAACGGUAAUUAAACCUAUAUAUACAAGACGCUAUAUAAACACAAUGUGAUAACGGUAACUAAACCUAUAUAUACAAGACGAUAUAUAAACACAAUGUGAUAAACGGCAACUAAACUUAUAUAUAGAAGACGCUAUAUAAAUGCAAUGUGUUAAACGGUUAUCAAACCUAUAUAUAUACAAGACGCUAUAUAAACACCGUGUGAUAAACGGUAAUUAAACAAUUAUAUACAAGACGCUAUAUAAACACAAUGUGAUAAACGGUAACUUAAACGAUAUAUACAAGACGCUAUAUAGAUGCAUUUCAAGUCAAGAUCAUACAAAAAAAAUUCCGAAAAAUAUUGCAAAUCUGUCAUUCAACAUAAAGAUACCAAGGUUGAUAACAUAUCUGAACAUAGUUCAUGUGUGUCCUAGCUAAAAUUGUUGACAAUAUUUUCUGUAUUGAAAGUUAAGGAUAAAACAAAAAUAUACUUUAUACUAAAAUGGUAUCAAUAUAUGAUAAUGAUCUUGGUUUAUACCAGAGUAUGGACCCCGAUAGGAUAUUUAUCCAAUUUUACAUGAAACAAAAUAAAGCGAUGCUGGAGAAUUAAUGCGUGCUUUAAUGAAAUGAAAAUUAAUAUAGUUUGGUAGGAAUAUCAAAUACAACCAAACAUUAAGGGAUUUGGGAAUCGGCAGGAAAGCUGAUAAUUUUGUUUAUUUAAGAAAAUAUCACGGUAAAUUACGUACACAGCAUAUCACGCUAAUGAAUCAAUUGUUAUUUCAAUAACCAUCAAAAAGUCUUUAAAUAUAAAACUUCAACAAAUAGUUAAUUAAUUAUGAAUAAAGGAAUGUUGUAAUUACUAACACAAGAGUGAUACCAACCGUUAUUUAUUUAACUUGCUAGCGCUUUGUUAAUGAUUUGUAGAGAUGGAGAAAUCUGCCAAUGAGUCCGAUGCCGGUUGCGAGGGAGGUACCGUGUCAUCUGAGGCUUGCUCAAAUCAACCAUCAGUUGAAACAGACACCCAAUUUGACGUCUGUAAGGAGACCUUUAUAUAUCGGUCAUGUGAUAUGUCUAUAGAUGUAGACGCCAUGGCUGAAGCAAGAUGGUACUGCACAGGAUAUGGAGAGGUCAAAACUUGUUGCUGUAAGGCUUUCUGGGACAUGGAGGCGACUCAGGAUCCCUGGAUGCAGCAUGCCAUUCAAAGCCCAGGGUGUUCUUUUCUUAUAAAACGGAAGGGUCAGACCUACAUUGACAACGUCCAGGCCAGUUUACUUGCGGAAGAUGAGGAACCGAUGACAGCACAAUCCGAGGAAGAGUCAGAACUCGUGAUGUUGCAAGAGGAAAUUGAUACUAGAAAGAAGGAACAAACCUGUUUUGUGUGCCAGGUUAAUCCUCGGGAGGUCAUUUACUGGCCAUGCGGGCAUUAUUCCUGCUGCAAAACAUGCCAUCCUGCACAGCUUAACUGCCCCAAAUGCAAGACAAUAAUCGAAUACAGCAUUUUCGCAAUCUUGUCUUAGGAAAUCUAAAAAUGAGGAUGUUCAAUCCUUUCCCAUGGAAUACAAAAUCAUUCACCAAUAGAGUGUACCUAAACAGCAAUUCUGUGAAUGACGUUAAGAGUUCAUUGUUUUUCCUUCACAAUCUCGGUUGUUUUGUGUUGUUACAAUUUGUUUUGUCUUUAUACGUUAACAGUGUGUGUUUAUUUUAUGUUUUUCGUUUUACAUAAUCGGUAAUUGUGUGAUCAGCAGGAAAUCCAUUUUAAUGUGAAGUAAUUUUAGGCAACCAUUCGCCAUGACAUUGAUGUCUAGCAGGUAUCAUCUAACUACAUACUAUCUUUGUAUGUUUAUUGUGUAAUUAUAAAGCUUCGACAACAAAUCAAAUAUUAAGGAUAGCAUGGAUCAUCCUUCCAAUUGUUUUCUAUUAGCAGUGGUUUACAUUUCCUAGUCCUUUUAAUUUAUUUUAUUUAUUUUCUCGGUUUUAGUAUUUAAAUUAGCAUUCUUAAAAUAUAGUAUCGAAAGCUGCGAUACAACCUAUGUGAUUUGAGUAGCAGAAGCACUUUAGCGUUAUAAAUAAGAUUGUGUUUGUGAUGAUAUUUCCUGUUGAACUUUCUGUUACUGUGUAAUAAGUACCCUCAAAAGGUUAUGUUGUGUUAGAAUGAUGUAAGCCUAGGGACUUAAUGUAACCCUUGUUAAAGAAACAUCAGGGUAAAUAUCCGUGACGAGGUCAAAAGGUCAAAUCUGGAAAUUAAUCAAUUUAUUAAGGGCGGCAGUGUCACCUGGGUGAUACAUACCUCGGUGUUAAGUUAUGCGGGAGCGGUCAUGGAUAAUGUUUUAAGUUACCACAUGUUAGUUUUGUAAGAUAAAUUUCAAUAUUACUAUAAAUCUAACCGUGUUAAGUUUUUAUAAACCAUCACACUAGCACAUAAAACGCUGCAGAUGGAUUAAAUAUUUAAAACGCAUUUCAGAUCCUUACAUCAGGUAUUUUAACGAUUUAUUGUUGUACAAAGCAUCUAAAUGAUUUAUUUUAAUCUGUUGAAAAGACUUGUUUCGUUUUAAGAUUUUUAGGGCUUUAAAAAGGUCACGAAAGUGAUAAAUCUUUAUUAUUAUUAUUUAUAUAUUCUAUAUGGUUGUUAAAUAUUGAAAUUCUAUGCAAUUGUUUAAGUUCGAACAUUUUUUCCUAACUCAUUGUACUUAUAUGACUUUAGUCUUGUAGUUCAAAAUUCUGUGUAAAUGGGUCCAUAGAAGGGCUGUGAAUUAAAAAAAGUGUGACGUACUCGAGUGAUAUUUCUUGUCCUAAAGGGAAUUACAUCUCCAGAUAUGUGAUGAAUUGAAUCUUACAUUCGUUACAAUGUGAUUGUUUCAUUUUGAAGGUGAUGACAUCGUAACAGGUUAUCAUAUGCAUUUUCGACUAUUUCGCCCCCUAUCUUUAACACUACAAUAGACUUCACUGUGAAGGAGUAGUUCAAUGUAAUUCACUAUGUUCCCGUUGUAUUAACAACAGUGUGAGUUUGUAUUACGCAUCUGAGAGUGGUUUUAAUGAGAUGACAGAGACUAUAACGUUCUUCCAUCAUGUUUUUAUUUUUCUUGCAUUUACCCUAUUCCGUAAUCCAUAUCAGAAUAUCUACAUAUAAAGCAUUAUAUGUGUAAAUGAAAAAAAUGUCAAAUGCCUUUUGAAUGGUGAAUGUUUGUUAUCUUACUGUAUUUCGUUUGGAAGUAAAACAUUUCAACAUAUCAGGAUAUCAAACUUAAAACAGACAUUCCUUAUUUGAAAUAAAUAGCUACUCCUGUUAAACAUAAAUGUAAUAAAAUAAGUGAUUUAA